AUGCACCGCCGCUGGCCCGCCCCGGCCUGUCCCCCCUCGCCUCCCUCAGGCCAUUCCCAUCCUCGCCGCCGCGAUGAGGCGCCCGGACCAGCCAGCAUAGCCCCUGCGCACGCACACCCUCAUUCUCUCCCCCAUCCGCCCACCGCCGCACCCGUCAAUAUCCCCGCGCAGGCCUUGUCGCCCCCGACACCCGCACCUAGCCCCACACCGACGGAGCGAUGGGCGUAUGCGGCACUCGCUCCGCGUCGCGACGAGGAUGUCGAAGAACCUGAAGGUGCGGACAAGCGGCUCUCAUCGGCACUGAUGAUGCGGUUCCGUAGCCUGCCCCAGGCUGAGCGCUUUGCGUUCCUCUCAUCGCUCGUAAACGAGCUGCAGCUCAACGAGGCUUUGGCUGUCUCGAGCAAGAUAUCCCCACGCCUCAAGCGUGACUUCCUCACCGACCUACCCAUUGAACUCGCUCUCCACUGUGUCAGCUUCAUCGAUGACCCGCGCACCCUCGUACGCUCCAUGCGCGUGUGUAGGUACUGGCACGAUCUGUUGCAGGACGAGCGCUUAUGGCGCGACAUGCACACUCGCCAGCUGUUCAGGCCCCAGUUGUCAACGUCGUAUACGCCUGCGGCGCCGCCAAGUGUGGCGUAUGCCACUACGACCCAAAGCAGCGUCCCGAAGCCCCAGGCCAGCGUCAGCAAACCUCCGGGCAGCCGCAACUCGGCGUGGGGCAAGCGAUCACUCGGCAAGCGCUCAGCACCGCCCGUGCGCUCGUACCGCGAAAAGUUCCGUGAUGCGUACCUCACCGAGAACAACUGGCUCAGCGGAGGACGUCUUCUGACGAUGCACUCGUCGAUGGGCGACUCGGUCGUCACUUCCCUGGUCGUCAACGAUGAGUAUAUUGUUAUUGGGAUGGCCAACUCGAAGAUCCACGUCUUCGACGCCGCCACCGGCCACUACGUCCAGUCGCUGUUAGGACACGAACUUGGUGUCUGGGCGCUCGUUUUAGUGUCGCCUCACGCGCGUAGCCGUACCGCCGUCCCGCCCCGGAGGCAGGAGAAUGUGCGCCGCGCCUCAUUCACGGGGACGCGCGGGUCGGCCGAGUUUGCCUCAGACACCCUCCCUGUGUACCGCUCGACGUCGUCGAACGGGAACGAACGCUCGCCGAGCAACAGCCGUGUAACGAAGCGCCUCAACUCGAGUGACGUAUGUGGCGCCGCUGCCAGCUGGGGCGGCAUCAAGCGCACUCUCGUCGUCUCAGGUGGCUGUGACCGCGAGGUUCGCGUCUGGGACAUUGUCACGGGCGAGCCGGUCUGGACGCUCCAGGGCCACUCGUCGACCAUCCGCUGCCUCAAGGUUCUCGACGGCAGGCCAAUCGCCAUCUCGGGCUCGCGAGACUACACGCUGCGUGUGUGGGACAUUGACCGUGGGCGCAUGCUGCGCGUACUUGAGGGACACGAUCAGAGUGUCCGAUGCCUCGAGGUCGCAGGCAACCAGGUAGUCAGCGGCAGCUAUGACUACACGUGUCGACUCUGGGACAUUGACACCGGCGAAUGCCUGCAGGUGUUCGAAGGCCACUACCAUCAGAUCUACGCCGUCGCGUUCGACGGCGAGCGCGUCGUGUCUGGCUCAUUGGACUCGACAGUGCGCGUAUGGGACGCUGGCAGCGGCGAGUGUCUGGCGAUUCUGCAGGGCCACACCUCGCUCGUGGGCCAGCUGCAGCUCAGUGGCGACCGGCUCAUCACUGGCGGCUCGGACGGGCGUGUGAUCGUCUUUGACCUGAACGACUACUCGUGCGUGCACCGCCUGUGUGCGCACGACAACUCGGUCACCUGCCUCCAGUUCGAUGACCGCUUCAUUGUCAGCGGCGGCAACGACGGGCGCGUCAAGUUGUGGGACAUCCACACGGGCACGUUUAUCCGCGAGCUCACGAGCCAGUGCGACGCUGUGUGGCGCGUCUGUUUCCGUGACGACAAGUGCGCCAUCUUGUGCCAACGUAACGGCCGCACUGUACUAGAAGUUAUCGGCUUUAGACCACAGGACGAGAGCGUGCGCCCAUCCUACUCUCGCACACCAGACUGGUGA